AUGGCCAGCAGCCGAGAGCUCGAACCUCCUCGCAGCUGCGCUCGAUCGUCGCCACCUCCCGUCGCCGCCACCGCGCCCGCCACCCGCCGCCAACAGCCUGCCUCAGCCCGCCCGGCCCCGGGCGGCAGGCGCGGCUCCAUGGCGCUCCUGCGCGCGCGGCGUUGCUGCCGCCCCGCGCGGGCCCUGCGCCGAGGGCCUGCGCCCGCCGCUCCCUCUCCGGCCGCCCCGGUGCCCCUCGGCCGGGCCGACGGCGGCGGCAGCACGUCUCAGCCGAGCAGCCACGGGAGGUUCUUCACGAAGACGCACGAGUGGAUGCAGGUCGAGGAGGACGGGAUCGCCACGGUCGGCGUCACCCAGAUCGCGCAGCGGGCGCUGGGCGAGGUCGUCUUCUGCAGGCUGCCCAGGGAGGGGCAGAGGUUCCAGCAGAUGGAGACCUUGGCCACCCUGGAGGCGCUGAAGACGGUGGGGGAGGUGAAGUGCCCCGUCCACGGCGAGGUUCUGGAGGUGAAUCCCAGGCUUGAGCGGGAGCCCGCGCUGGUGACGCACAUGCCGCUCUCUGAGGGCUGGCUGGUGCGCCUCGCCUUCAGCGGCCGCGUCCCCCGCUACCUCCAGCGCGCCCGCGCCGUCGCGCGCUCGGAGGUGGAGGGGCUUCUGGCCGACUCGGCCGGGCUGCAGGCCUUCCUGCGGCGCCGCAUGCUCUUCGACGACGGCUCGGAGCAGCUCCAGCACGAGGAGGAGCUCAUCUUCGACGGCCUGCGCAGCGACGAGCGCCUCUGGCUGCACCGCGCCGCCGAGGGCCUCGGCCUCCUCACCUCCUCGCACGGCAGCGGCGCCGGCCGCAAGCUGGUGGUGCGCCGGCCCCCCGCGGCCGAGGACGACGCCAGCGACGAGGCGCGGGCCGCCAGCGACGGCGCCGAGCAGGACGAGCAGCACGCGCCGGCGCGGCGCGGGCGUGGCGGCCGGUGGCCAGCGGCGCGCACCCGCUGA